AGUUCGUAGUGCCAGGCUGAUUGAAUCGCCAGCAUCGAACAUGAAGCUCCGUUUAUUCAAAGAUUUUUAUGUCAUUGGUUUGGUGGUGACAGGUCUUGUGCUAUUCUCCUUUUAUCGCUUUAAUUAUGAAAUGUUGAUCACCACCAACACUUGCAACUACUCGUCGUCCGUUGCUAAUGGCCGGCAAAAAUGUGAUUUACCCACUGAUUACAUUACCGAUCCCGAUCCUGUGAGCUACCCUUGGAUUGGUGAUCCUACCUGUCAACAUUUCCCUGUCCAGUUUGCAAAGAAUAAAACCAGACCUAAAUGGGCUUUAACUUCUUUUCCUGGUAGUGGAGUAACGUGGACACGCCAGUUAAUCGAAGGCGUAACAGGGAUAUACACUGGAACAGUUUACGGACGUGCGGAAUCGCCGAUCGUGUUGACGGGACAUCAUGGCAAUACGGCGGAUUUGGAUUGUGAAUGCACGAUUCUCAUUAAAGAUCACGACGUCCUUUUACCCGAUUUUGCAUCUUUUCCGACUUUAACUAACAAUCUCGUGAAGGCCAAUGAAACUAAGAAAAACAGAGGGCCCAUCCGCAGUUUUCUCUACGGCAAUCGCGGCAUCCUUCUCUUACGUAAUCCGAUGGACGCGUUGUUUACGUUUGCACAUUUCCUCGGAUCUUCUGGAAAUCACACGGGAGUGGUGCCAGAAAAAGAUUUCUUGGGCCCCCAGUGGGAUAAAUACAUCGAUUACGUUGCGGAUACGUGGGCCGAUCACGCGGUCGGUUGGAUUGAAAACAUUCAAAACGGGACCGUCAUUUUCUACGAGCGGCUUCUUCUGGAAGACACAGCGGCCGAACUGAAACGUUUAUUGAACGUUAUCAACUUCGUUGAUCCUCAUCAUCCACCUGUCGAUCCGGAGAGGAUGCGUUGCACUCUGCUACACAAGGACCGUAAGGACCACAAGCGUACAAAGAAACCCGUGAUACCACUCACUGCUGGUCAUCGCUUGAAGCUCAAGUCUUCUAUCGAACGAGUUCAAGAAAGUCUGCGCAAAAAAGGCUGGCCCUUGCUGCCCGUCUACCUGUACAAUUUACGCCACGUAGAAAGUCCUGGUAUUUAAACGUGAUUUUGUUCUUGGUCUAAAAUUUCGGCUGGAUAUCGUAUG